CUACUCCACUCAUCACUCCAUCACUGGCCGACCUGAGAAAAGACUACCUGUGACUUGCCUACGACUACAGUUAACCAGCAAAAUCACCAUGAAGGUCCUGAGCAUCUCUGUAUUACUCUGUGUGGCCUUAACUCUAAGGGAAGCAGCAGGGCAGCAGCAGGCUGUGGCAGUGGAACAACUAAGCAUUGUUCCAGUUCUAGAGGCUAAAGAGACUGGGCCACUGAAGCCACUGGGUGACGCUCCAAUGGAGACCAUAGUAGAACUGGUAGAAAACAAAGUAGAGCUUGCUCUACCUGAAGAAGGGGAAGCUGAGGCUGAUGCUCUUGCGCUGGUCCAAGCACCAGCGAUAAGGUUUUUGCACUGCCCUGAUGGUUGGUACCUACAUCAGUCGCGCUGUUUCCUCUUUGUGAACUCAUACUUGCCGUGGCACAACGCAGAGGAACACUGCAACACUCUGCAUGCAAACCUGGCCUCCGUUCAGAACCCCCGACAGUAUCGCUUCCUGCAGCAGUUAACGACAAUGGCCAACCGGCACAGCGCGUGGAUCGGUGGAUUCUAUCUCCAAGACAAGUGGCUGUGGAUCGACCGUGUAGGAUUCUACUACGAAAACUGGUACACACACCUUGAUGUGGACCGCAACGCUUGCAUCCAUCUGCGCACCUCAGUGGGCUGGUCAAAUGCUCACUGUGGCACAGGUCUCCCAUUCAUCUGUGUGAAAAUGUCCUGUUAGUCAAGAUUGUGCUUCCUGCCAGCAGCAUGAUUUCAGUACGAGAAAGAAUUGUUAGCUGGUUGAUGUUAUUUCUAACUGCUUUCAGCAUUUUAGCGUAAUGAAUCCAGGAUGCAUCACAUCCGGCCGUGAUUGGAAGUCGUAUAGUGAGGCGCACAAUUUGCCCUGUCGUCCGGGUUUGGCCGGGGUAGGACGUCAUUGUAAAUUACAAUUUGUUCUAAACUGGCUUGCCGAGUUAAAGGUUCAAUAAAAAAAUAAAAAAACAUUGAUUUUAUUACUGACUUUAUUCAGUCACCCUGGAUGUCUGCCAAAAGGCUCAAUGUGACUUAGGCGAGAUGCAGUCAAGAUGCAGCCAUUGAUCCAGGUUUAUUCUACAAAAACAAUGACGCCCAAAACAUUAUUGCGACAUGUGUAAUGCAAACGGCAUAUAUAUGAUACAUUUAAGAAAGAUCAACAACAUUUUUAUCUGUUCGACUGGGGUGGAUUUGUAUUUUUUCGAACUUUCUUUAUUGCAACAAAUAAUGGUGUUUUUCUAAUAAAUGAUGAUUUGCAGAAUCAUUUUGAAGGUAAACUGGGCACGUGAUGUCAUCACGUAACUAUAACGCUCCACUCCACAUUUAAUUCUGAAUGCCUACUGCUAGCAAAAUCAAUUUAUUCCACUCUAAAAAUGUUUCUUUUCUGGGGGGUGACAUUGUGUCCAGCUGUUUUUAUCGACACAAGAUGGUUAAAUGGAAGUGGACAAGUUAUUAAUGGAAACACAGUAGCCACUGAUGAUGGAAACUGUGCUCUUCGGAUAAAUAUGAUUGCCGAAUAUUUUUGAAGGUAUGCUGGCACAUUAUGUUAUCAACUAUAAAACUCCACUCCACAUGUAAAUUCUAAUGCCUACUGCUCGCAGCAUCCAUUUAUUCAACAAUAAAAAAAAAAAUGUUUCCUUG